GCCUUACCAAUCCCAUGCAUAAGUAUAUAGUCUUUGAAAAACUCUUUGGAGUUCCCUCCUUUUCCUCCCCAUUUCUACUCUUUCUCUCUAGGGUUGUUUACGUAUCUUUCCAUUUCAUCACAUUGAUUACAUAUCCAAUUGUUUCGUCAUAAUUGAAUAUGAGCAAUUCUCAGUUAGAUUCCGAUCUCCAUACCUCCCUCCCUGCCGCUGCCGCCGCUUUGAGUGCUGAGGAUCGUGCUGGCUUGGUAAAUGCACUCAAGAAUACGCUUCAGAAUUUGGCUUUGGAGAACUCGGACAUACUUGAGACUUUGUCACCACAAGUUAGGAAGCGCGUUGAUGCUUUGAGAGAACUUCAGGGUCAACAUGAUGAACUGCAAGCUAAGUUUUUGGAGGAGAAGGCUGCACUUGAAGUUAAAUACCAGAAGCUGUAUGAACCGUUGUACACAAAGAGAUAUGAAAUAGUAAAUGGCGUUGUUGAAGUGGAAGGUGUCAAUGUGGCUCCUGUGGACCAGGGUGACAAUAAAGGGACAGGAGAUGGUACUGAGAAAGGCAUUCCCAACUUCUGGCUGAUCGCUAUGCAGAAUAAUGAGAUAUUGGCAGAGGAGAUCUCAGAGGAUGAUGAAGAAGCUUUAGAAUUCCUCAAGGAUAUCAAGUGGUGCAGAGUCGAUGAUCCAAAGGGUUUUAAGCUUGAAUUCUUCUUUGAUACAAACCCCUUUUUCAAGAAUCCAGUAUUGACAAAGACCUAUCACAUGAUUGGUGAUGAUGAACCCAUACUGGAGAAAGCAAUAGGGACAGAUAUUGAAUGGUAUCCAGGAAAAUGCUUGACGCGGAAGAUUUUAAAGAAGAGGCAAAAGAAAGGAUUAAAAAAUGUCAAGCCCGAAAUUAGGAUUGAGGACUGUGAAAGUUUCUUCAACUUUUUCAAACCGCCACAAGUACCUGAAGAUGAUGGCUAUGAUAUAGACAAUGAUACUGUUGAAAAACUCCAGCAUCAAAUGGAACAAGAUUAUGAAAUUGGCUCAACAAUCAGGGACAAAAUAAUCCCUCAUGCAGUGUCAUGGUUCACUGGUGAGCUAGCUGAAAACGAUGACUCUGAAGAUACGGAAGAUGAAGAUGAGGAUGAAGAAGAGAAGUGUGAAAAUAAGCCUUGAGGACCAAAGGUGAUAUGAACAUAUCUGUGGCACUUCCGUCUGGUGUCCUUUCAUUUUCUUAGACUUGAUGAACAGUGGAUUGAUUUGACAAAAUUGUAGAAGAGUGCCAGAGUCACAAGCUGGAGAAGGUUAGCAGGGUGGUGAAUGUCCUAGAGAGUGCAAGCAAGAGUAGUUUGUGGUUGCAUGCUAGGUCACAAGCUAAUGGAAAACAGCAAUCUCGGAACCCUUGGUUGAUAAAUUUGCCUUAGCCAAUUUUUUUGUGCACAUUUUCCCUUUCCGUCCACUCCUUUUUCCAUCAUCCUUUUCUGCGUGUUAUGUUUUGAUGUGAUUUGUCAUGGCUCUGGUUUUUUGAUUCUGUGGUUUGCUUUUCUUACCAUGAAAUGGUGGACCCUUUUUGCUAGUGUCCUUGCUACCCCCCACCCACCAUCGCUCCUUUCUCUGCAGUCGUCUAUGUAGAUUGAUACAACUAUGAUUGCUUAUACCAAAGGCUUAUACAUGAUCCAACUUUGUAUAUAUGUACUAGCUGCCGUGUAAAUAUUUUUCU